AUGACGGAUUUUUCAGAAAUCACUAUUCCAGAUGAGUUUCUCAUAAAAAAUUAUGAUGAUCCUAUCCAUGCUAUUGUUGAAGCCACCUAUCCCAGCUUGAUAGAUAACUAUAGUGACACAGAUUACUUGCAAAAAAGAGUUGUUCUUGCGUCUAAAAAAGAAAUUGUUGACAAAAUAAAUGAUUAUGUCCUAUCACUUAUACCCAAUCACGAAAAAGAGUAUUCCAGCGCAGAUAGUAUUGAUAAAUCAGAUGAAUUGCUCAAUCCUGUUUUUGCAUUAUUGCCACCUGAAUUCCUAUAUUCAUUGCAAACAUCAGGUAUACCUAAUCAUAAAUUAAAACUUAAGGUUAGAACUCCAAUCAUGCUAUUACGAAAUCUCGACCAGACUGAUGGCCUGUGCAAUGGAACUAGGCUCAUUAUCACCAAACUCAGAUCUAAUGUGAUUGAGGCUGAAGUAAUUACUGGGCCUAAUUCAGGAAAUAGGACAUACAUACCCAGAAUAAAUAUGUCUCCUUCUGAAUCUGCAUGGCCAUUCAAACUUAUAAGGAGGCAGUUUCCAUUCAUAGUUUCUUAUGUUAUGACUAUAAACAAAUCUCAGGGACAAUCAUUUCAUCACAUAGGACUGUAUUUGCCACACCCAGGUUUUAGUCAUGGCCAACUAUAUGUUGCACUCUCAAGGGUCAAAAACAAAGAUGGACUUCAUAUUCUCAUACAUGACAAUGAUGCGGCUUCCAAAUUUGUGUAUGGCUCCAAAAAAAGUAUUACCAUCCACCACAGACUUUCAAAAUCCACCAAAUGGCCACUCACCAUCCACCAUGACGUCCCUGCCAUUACACAACCAUGGUUCAACCUCAUUCAUGAAAAAAAUUUAAAAGCCGGAGAUGAGGUAGUCUUUUACUACCGUUUUCAUGACCAUGCAUGGGAGCUGCUGAUAAGGAAAGCCAUCGAAUGGAACAACAACAACACCGACCCCGACUCUGAUGAUUAA